CCCAUCAUUCCACGCCCCUCUGCUCGCAUCGGUCGUUGCGUCUUCUUUACUCCGACACGUCAUCGCCGGAAAAUUCCUCUAUGCCACCGGGCUGCAGCACGGCUGAGCUCCUCCGCUCGUUCUCUCGCCCUCCUCGGAUUAACCAGUUCACUGUAUAUCCAUUAAUUCGCUUGUGUGGUCAAAUUCAUGUUCGUUUCCUCUGAGACUAAGAAUUUUCAGACUGCGGCUGAUAUUGCAACGGCCGCAGUUCGCCACCGCGUCAGCAGCCUCAGCUCGCCUAAUUCUCCAUAGGCUGUUCAGGUGAUUGCUCAUGCAUUCCUUCUGCUGCGUCUCCACCGUCUCCGGCAACACGCCCACUCGGUUCGCAAUGACCUCCGCCGCGGCCAGAUCCGAUCAGACCGUCCAAUUUAUCAACCAUCUGCAUCAUCACCAAAACGGCAUCGACGACAUCCAGAGCGAUCUAAAUAGGCUCAGCCUGCGGUCAAAUGCCUCCGCGGCAGAUGCGCCGCCGGCGGUCGUACGGAUGCCGUCGGCCAGGGAGCAGCCGGUGGUGGUGGACGUGAAGAUAAACAACAUAGUAGGUAACGGGAUCUCAGGUAUGCUGUACAAGUGGGUGAACUACGGUAAGGGAUGGAGACCGAGGUGGUUCGUGUUGCAGGACGGCGUCUUGUCGUAUUACAAGAUACACGGGCCUGAUAAGAUCGUGGUGAAUCAGGAGACUGAGAAAGGAUCUAAGGUCAUCGGCGAGGAGUCUAUGAGGAGGAUCCACAGGCCUUCCAAUGGCCACUCGCAGCUGCAGCGUAAACCUUGCGGUGAAAUCCAUCUCAAGGUUUCAUCAAUUCGUGAAAGCAAGUCUGAUGACAAGAGAUUCUCGAUUUUUACGGGGACAAAGAGGCUGCAUCUAAGGGCAGAUACACGUGAAGAUCGAGUGACAUGGAUGGAAGCAUUGCAGGCAGUCAAGGACAUGUUUCCUAGGAUGUCCAAUAGUGAGCUCUUGGCUCCUGUGGAUAGUGUGGCUCUGUCAACUGAAAAGUUGAAGCAGCGACUUCGGGAAGAAGGUGUAACUGAGGCUGCCAUCCAUGAUAGUGAGCAGAUAAUGAGGAGCGAGUUCACUUCGUUGCAGAAGCAGCUGUUGCUUCUUAAGCAGAAGCAGUGGCUACUCAUUGACACUCUGCGCCACUUAGAGACAGAAAAGGUUGAUCUGGAGAAUACUGUAGUUGAUGAGAGCCAGAGGCAGUUGACUUACCAAGAUGCUUCUUCUGGAUUGAGGCAUGAGAAAUUCAGUGCAGAAGCAAGUGCAAGUGAAUCUGAAGAUGAUAAUGAAAGAGGUGAUGCUGCUGAAGAAGAGACUGAUGACGAAGAAAAUACUUUCUUUGACACGCGUGACUUUUUGUCAUCUGGUUCCUUCAAGAGUAGUGGGUCAGAUUAUCGGAGAUCAUCCAUUUCUUCAGAAGACGAAGACAUCUAUAUGAUUGACUCCGAAGAUGAUAUUGAUCCUUCUAUGAAAUCUGUAGGGAUGAAUUUUCCAUACGUGAAACGUCGAAAGAAGUUGCCUGAUCCAGUCGAAAAGGAGAAGGGUGUUAGUCUCUGGUCGAUGAUAAAGGAUAACAUCGGGAAGGACCUUACUAAAGUCUGUCUUCCUGUUUAUUUCAAUGAGCCUCUUUCUUCUUUGCAGAAGUGUUUUGAGGAAAUGGAAUAUUCAUAUCUGAUCGACCGGGCAUAUGAAUGGGGAAAGAGGGGUAAUAGCUUGAUGAGGAUUCUUAAUGUGGCCGCAUUUGCUGUAUCUGGUUACGCUUCAACAGAAGGGAGGAUGUGCAAACCAUUUAAUCCAUUAUUAGGUGAAACAUAUGAAGCUGAUUAUCCAGAUAAAGGUCUUCGUUUCUUUGCAGAGAAGGUCAGUCAUCAUCCUAUGAUUAUUGCAUGCCACUGUGAGGGCACUGGAUGGAAAUUCUGGGGAGACAGUAAUUUGAAGAGCAAAUUUUGGGGUCGGUCAAUCCAGCUGGACCCUACUGGUGUUUUGACUUUAGCAUUUGAUGAUGGAGAAGUUUUUCAGUGGAGCAAGGUUACAACGUCUAUAUACAACCUCAUACUAGGAAAAUUGUAUUGUGAUCAUUAUGGAACAAUGCGCAUACAAGGCAAUGGUGAUUAUUCUUGCAAGCUGAAAUUUAAGGAGCAGUCAAUUAUCGAUCGGAAUCCUCACCAGGUGCAUGGUAUUAUUCAAGACAAGAACGGAAAGACGGUGGCGACAUUAUUUGGAAAAUGGGAUGAAAGUAUGCAUUAUGUGAAAGGAGAUUGCUCAGGUAAGGAGAAAGGAUUGGAUUCUUUAUCUGGAGCCCACCUUCUCUGGAAGCGGUGCAGACCUCCCAAAUUUAUCACACGUUACAACUUAUCACGCUUUGCCAUGACACUCAAUGAGCUAACCCCUGGACUUCAGGAGAAGCUACCGCCGACUGAUUCGAGGCUCAGACCUGAUCAGAGAUACUUGGAGAACGGGGAGUAUGAAAUGGCUAACUCAGAGAAGCUACGACUUGAACAGCGUCAGCGGCAGGCUCGGAAGAUGCAAGAGAGGGGUUGGAAGCCUCGUUGGUUCACCAAGGAUAAGGGAAGCGACAUGUACCGGUAUGUCAAUGGCUAUUGGGAGGCAAGAGAAAAGGGUGACUGGGAAUCAUGCCCUGAUAUAUUCGGUCAAAUUUCGGCAGACCUGCCACCUGAAUGGAAUCUAGGCUAUAUUGAAAGCGUCCAUCCCGUUUUCGGACAAGCAGGAAGUCUCCGUCGAAUUAAUGACCGACUUUCUCCCUUCGAGACAAUCGAUGGGCCCCACGUCGGAUACAGUCACUGCUUAACACGUUUGUGCACAUUUUACCGAUCGUUGCGCAUUUAAGUUUGGCGACGAAGCCGGCGACAGGUUGCAGCUAAGAAAGUGGCCGGUGGUCGCGAUGCUCCUCUCUUGGCAACCCGCAAGACGACAAGCCGGAAACAGCAUGUUCCCCUUCAUGCGAAUGAUAAUAUUUAAUAUCGAAUGAUUUAUUUGCCGUUUGAAAGAUUUAAAAUUCACUGAGAGAAUUUUGUAUUUAAGGUAAGCAUGCCAUCACAUAGUAUGAGUAAUUGGGUUCUUAGUA